CUUUACCGAUGCUCAACUUCCUAUUUUUCUCUCUUAAAACCGAAAGCAAAGUUGGGCUCACCAUCAUUCGUCUACUGUGCUUCUGUACGUACUUACAUACUCAGUUCAGUAUCCAUCAUGCCGCCCAAGACUAGCGGUAAAGCUGUAAAGAAGUCUGGCAAAGCCCAGAAGAACAUCACCAAGUCUGACAAGAAGAACCGCAAGAAGAAGAGGAAGGAAAGUUACGCUAUCUACAUUUAUAAGGUGCUGAAACAGGUUCACCCUGACACCGGUGUUUCCUCCAAAGCCAUGAGCAUCAUGAACAGCUUCGUCAACGAUAUCUUCGAACGUAUCGCUGCUGAAGCUUCCAGACUUGCUCACUACAACAAGCGUUCCACCAUCACUUCACGGGAAAUUCAAACAGCUGUCCGUCUUCUGUUACCCGGUGAAUUGGCUAAACACGCCGUCAGUGAAGGUACCAAAGCCGUCACUAAGUACACCAGCUCUAAGUAAAUUUGCUAUCAUUGACCAUGAUUA